AUGUCGUCCGCUACAGAGGUGCCUUAUGCGCCUGAUUAUGCCUCGUACAAUUGGACGGGCGCUCCAGCCGAUUACAGCCUGACGACCAAUACAGAUCUAGGUGGUGAUUCACGACUCGAAAACUUGAACAAAUGGUACCAAUCCGGUGACCAGGCCUAUAUCAUUGUCGCCUCGGCCAUGGUCAUGGUCAUGGUCCCUGGUCUAGGUUUCCUCUACUCCGGUCUUGCCCGCCGCAAGUCCGCUCUCAGUAUGAUUUGGGCUUGUAUGGGUUCGUUUUCGGUCAUUACCUUCCAGUGGUAUUUCUGGGGUUACUCGUUGGCUUUCUCUCCAUCUGCAACAAAUGGCUAUAUCGGUGAUUUGAAGAAUUUCGGGUUGAGGAAUCUACUGGGUGCGCCGAGUCCUGGUUCGCCAUUGGUUCCGGGAUUGCUGUAUGCUUUCUACCAGAUGCAAUUCUGUGGCGUUACCGCUGCUAUCGUCAUGGGCGCCGUUGCUGAGCGUGGCCGCCUCUUACCCGCCAUGGUCUUUACCUUUAUCUGGGCUACUAUCGUAUACUGCCCUCUCGCUUGCUGGGCUUGGAACGUCAAUGGAUGGGGAUACACCUACGGAGUUAUGGAUUACGCCGGUGGUGGUCCCGUCGAAAUCGGAUCUGGUCUCUCAGCACUCGCAUACUCGAUGGUUCUGGGUCGUCGUCAAGAAAGAAUGAUGCUCAACUUCCGCCCACACAAUGUUUCUCUGAUUUUGCUAGGAACGGCUUUCCUCUGGUUCGGCUGGCUCGGUUUCAACGGUGGUUCUGCUUUCGGUGCCAACUUGCGCGCUACUAUGGCUUGCUGGAACUCCAACAUCGCCGCCAGCUUCGCUGCUAUUGCUUGGGUUCUUCUUGAUUUCCGCUUGGCCAGAAAGUGGUCCAUGGUUGGCUGGUGUUCCGGAACAAUUUCCGGGCUGGUUGCUGCUACCCCGGCAUCUGGUUUUAUCACGCCUUGGGCCAGUGUCAUUCUGGGAAUUGUCACUGGCAUUGUUUGCAACUAUGCUACCAAGGUGAAAUACUGGAUCAAGAUCGACGAUUCUAUGGACGUGUUCGCUGAACACGGUGUUGCUGGAAUCAUCGGUCUUCUCUUCAACGCUCUUUUCGCGUCCGACGACAUUAUCGGUCUGGACGGCGUCAACACCGGAUCGACAAACCCUACCACUGGAACAGCACAAGGUGGCUGGAUUAUUCACAACUACCGUCAACUAUACAUCCAACUUGCGUACAUCGUUGCAGCCUGCGCAUAUGCCUUUGUUGUCUCAGCGAUUAUUGCAUACCUCAUCAACCUUACCCCCGGUCUUCAUCUCCGCGCCUCCGAAGAAGCUGAGUUGCUUGGUAUGGAUGAUGACCAGCUCGGUGAAUUUGCAUACGACUAUGUCGAGGUUCGACGAGAUUACCUUGCAUGGACCCCGCAAAAGGCAGCUCAGCUCGAAGACGGCCAUGAAAUCCCUCAUGCUGACCGAUACGGCAUUGAGGCUCACAGUACUAUGAUCGAAGGCCACACCCCCGAAGACAAGCGCAGUGAAGACAUCAUCGAGGCCCAGCACUCUGCCGUGCCUGUAUCAUCAGACUACCACCACCACACCGUGACCGCGUCUUCGCAACUACCACCUGCGCCACGACAAGUUGCUGAACAGAAUCCACCUGACACCGGGCGAGCUGUGGUGGACGAAGAAAAGGCCGCAUAG